UAGGAUGGUGAAGCAAAUCACGCCUUUUUCCUUCCUUACUUGGUCCUGACGCUCUCCUUCUUCUUCCUCUUCUUCCUCGAGGUGACACUCAUAUUAAUCAGUUCAUCGAUCCUCCUUAUGCUCACAGCAGAAGAAGAAGAAGAAGCAGAAGAAGCAGUUGAGAAGAUGAUGCAAAUCGCAUCAAGACCUAUGGUGAUGGACAGAAGAUGGAAAACCAACGCUGAGAUAGCUCCAAAUUGCCCUCGUUGCGCUUCUCCCAACACCAAAUUCUGCUACUACAAUAACUACAGCCUAUCCCAGCCUCGUUACUUCUGUAAGGGCUGUCGAAGGUACUGGACCAGAGGUGGUUCUCUUCGUAACGUUCCCGUCGGCGGUGGUUGCCGUAAGAACCGCCGCUCUAAAUCCUCCGCCAGGAUUCCACCGCCCACCAACCUUGUCUCCCCGACGGUGAUCCCAUCAUCGACAACUACUACUACUACUAAUAGUUGUACCGACACUGUCACUGACGCUUCCAAUAUCGAUCUUGCGGUCGUGUUCGCUAAGUUCUUUAAUCAGAGUCAGAAUUCGUGGUUCGAUACUGGUCAUAACCAGGUGGAUUCGAAUUUCAGUUUAACGGAUUCAUCUUCUUCUGACCUUGUUCAAUUCCCAGAAGAACAACUACAAGCAGAGCAGCAGCAGCAGCAGCGGCAAGAACAGAGCAUUGAUAUGACAGGUUGUGAUGAUCUAGUAGUAGCCCAGGAUUUUCAGUUCAUCGGAGGAUACGAAUUCGGGUUGGAAUUUCCUGAUCCCAAUGGUUACUGGUUUCAACCAAUUUUGAGCGACGAGUUCUCUCAAGCGACUAAUUUUUGGUCGGAAAGUAAUGCUCCGGCGACGGUGUUGCCUAAUUUUUCAUGGCAGACAUCGCAGAUACAAGAAUUGGAGUCAGUGAUCACUCCUUCGGAAGAUCAUCAUCUUAUGUUUCACUCCAAUGUACUACUCGACAACGAAGAUUGCAGCUCCUUCGAUCUGUCAAGCUAUGGGAUUUCCUAGUCAAGGCCUUUGUGAAGCCUUCAGAACAUACUUGUUUUGGGGGGGUGAGGGGGGUCUUCCUUUUUCUUCAGUUCUUAAUUACUUCUUACCAAUUAUUACCAUACAAAACGGUGGGAGAUGAUGAAGCUAGGAAUUAAGACGUUCAUGUUACAAUGUUACAAUUGUGUAUUCAAUUAAGAAACUGAUCUUAACAAAAUUUAUAAUAAAAUCAUCCACCAAAUUCUUCUGCAA